ACCCUGCUGCCUGGCCUCUUAUAUAAAGGGCCUUCAUUGCCUCACUGCAGAUGAGACAGCAGUAAGGCUUCAAGCUCCCUCUCCCAUCUGGAUUGUACUGGACCUGCAAACUCAGAACAAGACAGGUUCCCACCAAGCUGAAGCCAUGAGGAUCCACAGCCUCGCCCUGCUCUCCUUCCUCCUUCUGGCUGCUCCGAUGCUCUUGGUGGAGGCCAAAAAGGAAGGGAGGAAUAGACAGGGCAGCAAAGUCAGCACAGAUAAACUGCAUACUCUAGGCGCGCCCCAGACUGAACCAAGCAGCCAGCCACCCAAGCACCUGACCAAAGGCAAGUUCGUCACCCAAGACCAUGCCGACUGCAGAUGGGUGGUGACCAAGCAGGAGGAGGGCAUUGCCCUGAAGGUCGAGUGCACCCGACAAGACAACAAGUUUUCCUGUUUCUUCACCGGCAAUCCAACCUCAUGCCUAGAAUCAGACAAAAAGAAUGCCUACUGGAAACAAAUUGGCCGGAAUCUGCGUUCACAGAAGGUCAUCUGUGGUGAUGCUAAGAGCAUCCUGAAGACCAGGGUGUGCAGAAAGAAGUUUCCAGAAUCCAAUCUCAAGCUGGUUAACUCCACUCUGAUUAAGAUCAAGAAACUCAGCCAGGAGUUAAUGGAGCCCUCUCCCAAGGAGCAGAGCAAGGUCAAAGUGACCACCCGCAUCAGCCCAGCAAAGACCCAGACCAUAAGCACCAAAGAUCCUGAGUGUGUGGAAGACCCAGACUUGGUAAAACAGAGGAACACGGCCCUGGAGUACUGUGGGGAGUCCUGGAGCUCUUUCUGCAACUUCUUCAUGUCCAUGGUACAGGGCAGUUCAUGCUAAUGAGGUCAAAAGGGAAGAGAGUCCAUUAGGAGGUGUCAUGUCAAAGCCCUUCCAUAUGUUGUAAAGAUCUCCCAGUUCCCUGUAAGAUGAACAUUUGUGCUGUAGGAGUGCAAUGGAUUAUUUAAACAGAUUUUAUAAUUUUUGUUUCUGUAUUUUAGAAUUUGUUUUAUAUUCAUUUCCUUACAUGUGAUUUUAAGAGGCUGUUGACCUCAUAUGUGUCCAUGGCCCACAAAGCUAUAUUUCUAUGAGCAGUAAGGACCAGUCUUUGAGCUGAAUGAGUCAGAGUGAUGAUUUCAGUGCAAUGCUCUUUCUGCCCAAUUACCAAAUGUAAUAAAGCUCUGUGCGUUUUUCAGGAA